AUGGCUUACAACAAUGACUUGUUCAAUGGCGGCAACGGCUCCCCGGUGGUCCCUGGUCCGAUGUUUUCAGCAGGGCCACAAAUUCCUGAAGGACCUCAGUUCUCGAGGGCAGCCCAAGUGCUCCCGGGCACUCACCCCCACUUCCUGCCCCGCCCACCCGUUUUCAGUGUUGCCGCACAACAACACGUUACUCCGUCUUCGACUUUGGCCGCUGGCUCGGCACUACCACCACUUUUGCCUUACAAUCUCGGGCCACGGCAACCGCCGUUCUCUGGUUACGCGCACCUGAGCCAGCCAGGGAGUUUGGCUUGCGCCACUCCGCCGCUGCCGAGCAGCGAUUUCCUUCGCUUGCAAAAGCGAUAUAGGGGGCUGGUUUCGGCCUUCAGAGACUCAGACACACGUCUAGAGUCCUCGUCUAUCCCCACGGCUGCUGGAUCAGCCCAAUCGGCAUUGACACCGAUGUAUAAUAGCGACACUUCCGUACGCCGAUUCCACGGCGCUGGCCAACCACUCCAAACUCCGGGGACACAGUGGAACGCUAGUGCGUCACGGCAGGCCUCUGCGGUCUCUUACUCGAGCGGUAGAAUGGUCGACCACGGUACUGUGGUACAGGGGAGCUCAAAGAACCCUGCGUGGCUGCCCCAAGAAGACGGGGAUUGCAGUGCGCCUGCCUCCAAGCGGAAGAGGAGCACCAACGCCCCAGUGGUCGUCGAAGACGGACAAGGCGACAUUUUCCGUCACUUUGAGGACUCGAAACAGGAGGUGAAGAAGAGGGGGAAGAAUGUCCCCCAAGCUAUGAAAGAGCGGGGAAGCUUCCAGGGAACGGAAGUCCCGUGUACGUGGAACGCGGCGGACCCAAACCAGCCUAAAUGUCGCUUCGCCACAUCUAACCCUGGAGAUAUGUGGCCACACAUCCGCGAGGCGCAUCAGGACACGAUUCAGUAUCUGACGAGGGACGGCCAACCCUUGGACAUUCCUCCUGGUCAGAAGCCGUCAGAUCAGACCAACGUCCGCUGUCUUAUCGCUCACCCAACGAAGAGGGACAAAUCUGGGAGGCGCCUGGUCUGUAACUCCACGCCGCAGGUGAAGACUAUGGCUUUGAGGGUCAGGACGGGGCAUAUCGUUAAGCAGCAUAUGCUUCCGUGGAUGUCACACUCGGAUGCCCCCCAAAAGACGGACGGGCAACCGGGUACUGUCUCAGCGCCAACACCAGUAGCUGUUCCAACUACUGAGCCCUCGGCGCCGCUGCCUUCCGCCUCGACCCCUCCUCAGAAGGAACCGGAGCUGCCUGGUGAGACACAGCAGGAUCAACCAAACGUCGUCGCCUCCUUGUUGGACGAAAAUACUGCCGCGACAUCCAGUGAGCCUCCGGGAGGCGAAUCCCCACCUCUUGAACAUGCUGUGCCUCACGAGGCAACUUCCGUGUCUGAACACAAGCCCGAGACGAAUAAUGAUUCUCUGGCUUCCACUUCCCCAAACCAGGAGGCUCCUGUCGUCGAUGACGUGGAUCGAUCCGAGAGGUAUCAACAGGCCAAAGAAUUCUUGAUGACCUUUCUUCCGUAUCUUCUGUUGGAUUCCAAUGACAAUCCUCACCAGGAGGUCCCUGUCGCCGAUGACCUAUCAAGCAACGUGGAUCGAACCGAGAGGUAUCAACGUGCCGAAGCGCUCGCAAGGGCUGUUCUUCCGGCUCUGCUUCAAGAAGAUCUCUUUGAUUCCAAUGGCAAUCCUCCCGCUGGGAGUGCUUGUUCUGACGCUCCAGCCAGUUCCGAUUCAGAGGACUGUAAAGAGACGCGCGAUGAGAAUCCCAAUGAUGGACUUGGAUCUGUCUCCUCCUCCGAGUCGCCGAAUGCUGCAAGUGGUGAUGGUGAGGGCAAGUCUGGUGAGACUCAGAGUGACGGUGAGGUCGGUGAGAGCAGUGUUGAGAAGAAUGAUGGUGAGGGUAAAGAGCCUGAAAAGAGUUUGGCCACGCAGAUGACUUCGAAGAAGCGUAAGAGGGAUUAA